UCACUUUCUACGGGACGAACCGCCGCGCGGCGCACCGCGGGUUCGGCGCAGCUUCCCGGGAAACGAAACCAGCCGCGGCCGCCGUCCCCACCUCCGAGGCUCGCUUUUGGCCGCCGCCACUUUAGCCCUCCUCGGAAGGCGUUUUGCACAACUCCCGGCACGCCAGAGGCGGAAGUUUUGACCCGGCGACAGCGAGCUUCCAGCGGCUAGCUCCCCCGCCACGGCUAGCAUGGAGGGCGGCGUGCGGAGCGGCGACGAGCGGGGAGCCGAGAAGCUCAUGGACGAAUACCUCAAGUCCAUCGGCCUGGUUCGGAAGAAGGUCGCCAAAGACGGAUCGUGUCUGUUCCGGGCCGUCGCGGAGCAGGUGCUGCACUGUCAGAACCUCCAUACGGAAAUCCGAGCCAAAUGUGUGGACUUCCUGAAGCAGAACCGGAGCGACUACGAGGCGUUUAUUGAAGGAGACUUUGAGGAUUACCUCUUCAAGCUCCGGGACCCGCAGCAAUGGGUGGGAGAAGUGGAGAUCCACGCUCUGUCCAUCAUGUACAAGAGGGAUUUCCUGAUCUUCCAGGAACCCGGCAAACCCGCCGUCUCCAUCACCGACAACAACUUCAAGGACAAGGUCCAGCUGUGCUUCCUGAACGGGAAUCACUACGACAGCGUUUAUCCGGAAAGCCACAUCAAGAACGCCGCUCUGUGCCAGUCCAUCCUCUACGAGCUGCUGUACGAAGGCGUGUUCAAGGUGGACCGGAACCUCCUGGCGGCGUGCCAGCGGCCGGGCCGCCCGACCGGCGUGCUGAUCGACGACGGCCUGGCCGCCUGCCGCAGCAGCGACGACUCCGACGGGGACGUCGACGAGCCGCCGGGGGUGGAGAACGGAACAAGCUCCAUGCCACCAAAACCAAACAACUACAGGGGUCGUGGGCGUGGUCGACACCUGCCUGAGAGAGUGCGGCGGUCUCUGAACCCGACGCUGCUCCGGAACGUCGAGUAUGACGUCUGGCAGAAGAGCAAGAGAGCUCAGCAGAAGAUGGACUACUGCAUCGCCGCCGGGAUGCACUUCUCCGUGGGCGACCGCUGCCAGGUUCGCCUGGAGUCGAACGGGCGGAGCUACAGCGCCACGGUGAAGGAGGUUCCUCAGAAGAACGGCCUGAUGUCGGUCUAUAUCGAGGAGCUGGGCAUGAAACAUGUUCCUCUGUGGUCCAUCCAGCCGGCGCGCGAGGACGGCGGCUGGAGCACCGUGGUCAGCCGAGAAAGGAAGCUCAACAACGGAGAUUGGGAGGAGAAGGGGAGGGGCAGAGGACGGGGGAGGAGCACGCCGGCGUCCUCGUCCGGCACGCAGGGAUCCGGCGGGCGCGUCCAGAAGCAGCACUCCUGGCACGCCCAGUCCUCCGUGGACGAGCACGGGAAGAGCGGCAGGAAGUCCCUCAGCUUGGUGGAGGAGGCGUUCGGCCUGACGGAGGAGCUGCUGAAGGCCCGGGAGGAGGAGGAGCUGAACGUGGCGCUGGUGGAGAUCCAGCUCCGGGACGAGCUCAGCUUUCCAGCCCUGGGGAAACAGAAUUCGGCGUCGACUGAAGGCGGGAAGAAAAAAUCAGGCGAGAGAAGAAACCAGCCUCAGAGAAACAAGACGAAAAGUCCAGUUGAAGACGUCCGGCCGCCGUCUCCGUCCAGCAGAGAGCGACCCCGAUCCUCCACCCCGCCCGCCCCGGGGGCGAACGCACCUGCUGCAAAGGCCUCCAACCCUGCACUAACUGCCCCCGCCCCAGUUGCCCCCGCCCCAGUUGCCCCCGCCCCAGUCGCCCCCGCCCCAGUCGCCCCCGCCCCAGUCGCCCCCGCCCCAGUCGCCCCCGCUCCAGUUGCCCCCGCCCCAGUUGCCCCCGCCCCAGUCGCUCCCGCCCCAGUCGCCCCCGCUCCAGUUGCCCCCGCCCGCUCCAAGCCCCCGGCUGCUGAGCUGACUUUCCUUGGGGAUUCCAUGCUGGACGUAACCACGGCGACGGCGUCCGCCCGCGCCCCGAAAGCAGGCGCACAGUCGUACUCUUCAGCCGUUGCCCCCGCCACCCCGCCCCCUUUUGCCCCCCUCCCUCCCGCGGCCCCUCCCUCCAUGUUCUCCUUCCUCACCCCUGUCCUGCCCCCCGCCUGCACGCCCCCACCCGCCUCCCCCCCCACCUUCAUCGCCCCCAUCGCGCCCUCGCCCACGGGCUUCCCCCGGCCCUCCGCCAGCCCCCCCACCGCCCCCUCGCCCCCCCUCGCCCGUCCGGUCGGGCUGUUCCAGGAUCCGACGGCAGCGAGUCUGAAGUCGAUGCCAAAAGCCGGAUCCGCUCUGCUCCAGAACCAAAUCCAGAACUCGGCCCCGCCGGCUGAGACACAAACCCAGGUCUCUGGAGCCCAGAUCCAGAGUCAGAGUCCUGCUCCUGCUCCAAAGCACCAAGACGUCAUUUCCCAGAGUCCUGCACUACAAGUCCAGAACCAGGAGACCAUGCCUUCCAAGCCCCAGAUCCAAAACCAGAGCCUGCAAAACCACAAGAGCAUGCCCUCCAAGCCCCAGAUCCAGAACCCAGAGAUAAUGCCCCCCAGACCCCAGAACAUGCAAAGCCAGGAAACCAUGCCCCCCAGACCCCAGAUCCAGAACAUGCCAAAACAGGAAACCGUCCCCUCCAGAUCCCAUAUCCAGAACCCAGAGAUCGUGCCCUCCAGGCCCCAGAUCCAGAACCUGCAAAACCAGGAAGCCAUCCCCUCCAGAUCCCAGAUCCAAAGUUCAGCAAUGCAAGACCCCAACCUGAUGCCUUCAGGAUCCCAGAUCCAGACUCUGAAUCCAGAGGCUCCUCUGCAGUACCCGGACAAGAUGUUCCCUGCAGCUCCGAUUCAUUUCCAAAGUGCAGGAUUACAAAAUCAGGAGACCAGAACCCCCCCAGCUGAGAUCCAGACCCAGAGUUCUGCACUCCAAGACCAGGACACGAUUCCUCCCAGACCCCACAUCCAGAGCCAGGGUCCAGGUCUGGCCCCACAGGUCCAGGACAUGAUGCAGGGAGAGGCCCCGCCCCCUCCAGGCCCCGCCCCCUUGCUGCAGCUGCCCCAGGUCUACCAGGACCUCCUGUACAACAGGUUGCCCCAAGGAGACAAAGACGACGUGGCCCCGACUCUGCCCUACUCCACCAACAAGUCCGGAGACGACCUCCCCCGAGACAUGAACGUCCUGAGGUUCUUCUUCAACCUGGGAGUGAAGGCCUACUCCAUGCCCAUGUGCUUCCCCUACAUGUACAUCCUCCCUCUGAUGCAGACCCACUUCCUGCAGCCCCCCUCCCCCCCUCGCUCCCCCUCCCCGGUGAACCCCCCCACCCGGCACCCGGAGCCCCCCCCUCCCCCGCCUCAGCAGUACAGUCAGCCCGGGUACGGGGCGCCGGUCGCCCCGCCCCCUCCCCCGCCGCCCCAGCAGAUGCCGUGGCAACAGCUCCCCCCGCCCAGAAACCCCCCCUACCCCAGCAGGUUCCCGCCCCCGCCCCCGGUGUACCCCAUCCCGCCCUCCUCUCAGGGCUACCACCAGGGGCAGUUUCCUGGGCAUCCGGUGUACCCCCCGGUGAUGCCCCAGUACCCCCCUCCCUCUCUGGGCUACCCGCCCCAGCACGUCCCCGAAGACCUCCAGGGCCGGCAGGGGGCGAUGGAGCCCCGCCUGCCCCCCAACGGGAACCCCAUGCCCGGCCUGGGCCCCGUUCCGGGCCCCAGUCUGCUGGGGGUCCCUCCCCCUGCCGCGACCAUGGCUAACGCCAACAGCGACAGAGCGGUGAUGGUGGCGCCCGGGUUCGGUGGCAGGGAGCCGGGAGACGGCGUGACCCGACCCAUGAUGCUCAUGGACCCGCCGCUCAGCAACAGAUCGCUGGUGACGCUGGUGUCCGACGCCGACCGGAAAGACGUGGCGGUGUCGGUGGGCCGGAGCAGCCCGGGCUCCUCCUCGCCGUUCCGCGGCCUCGGGAUGCCCCUAUACAUCCCCCAGGGGGCGCCGCCGCCGCCGCCGCACCCCACGGACGACAGCUGGGAGGAGGCGGCCCACAGCCACAGAGGAGGGGGCAGGGGGCGGGGCUACAGAGGGAGCAGGCGGCCCCGGGGCAGGAGAUAUCCAGGGGAAUUGGGGGCGGGGCUUACCUACACCCAGUUCACCCCCUCCCACAGGGGGCGUGGCCAUGACAGAGCAUACUAGCUGUUCCUCCUGAGAUUCCAUUGGACAAUCAGUUGACGACGUCGGUCUUGACACUAUGUGCGACAGUUCCAUCCUGCUGCUGUUCACUUCCAGGUCUCCUCAUUUUCGGCUUCUGUGGGAGGUUUUUUUUUUGUUUGUUUGUUUGUUUUGAUGCAUGAAUUUAGCGGUUGGCGCCUGUUGCGAAACGCUGACUCUUGCUAGCUUCCCCGCCACGCUGUCGGUGGUUUUCCUUUGAUUUUAUUUUGUUUGUUUGGUUUUUUUUUUUUGCGCCGCCUGAAUGCAGCACGCACAGAUCCAGUGCCUUCCUUUUAUCGUACAGUUUGUAUGUGUUUGGAGUAAUAAAAGUUCUUUUUGGAAAGCG